CUCUCGUUCUCCGGAAAAAUUCAACUUCGUACGGAAAUUCUCAAAUGACUUCCAGCUUGAGGGACAUCAUUUUGAAAGAAUCGGAUAUCCGUCUUAUGCUUUCCUCUGAUCCAUUUCAUUCCCGUUUCGGUUUUGGUCCCCAAAUAGAGUACAGCACCCCCAAAUAUUUAUCAUUACAUGGACAUUAAGUAGAGAAUUGGUCGUCGACAAAAAGGAUGUUGCUGAUCCGGUUCCUGGUUGUUUUGAUUCUUCUGCUGUCUGCUGCUGCUGCUGCUGCUGCUGCUGAUGAAUCCUUUUCAGUUUUGGUUCCCCCUGAUCCGAUCUCAGUCGGGACAGGAAGCUCGGUUACCCUGCCCUGCUGGGUCUUCCCUCCCCGCAAUGCCGAGUCCAUGCGGGUUCACUGGUUCCAACGGACUCCAUCCGACCAAAUGACAGUGCUUCACUAUCAGGAAGGUCAGGUGCAGAGCUUCCAGGCCCCGCAGUUCAGCGGGCGGGCAUUUCUGCGGUCCGGGGGGCUAAAGGGGGGAGAUGUAUCUCUGAGGCUGGAGAAUGUGUCGGUAGAAGACGGGGGGGAGUUUCAGUGCUUUGUCAGCGGUGACCAGCACGAUGAUUGGGCGGGAGUUUUUCUCAAUGUGACGGUCGGGACAGGAAGCUCGGUUACCCUGCCCUGCUGGGUCUUCCCUCCCCGCAAUGCCGAGUCCAUGCGGGUUCACUGGUUCCAACGGACUCCAUCCGACCAAAUAUCAGUGCUUCACUAUCAGGAAGGUCAGGUGCAGAGCUUCCAGGCCCCACAGUUCAGCGGGCGGGCAUUUCUGCGGUCCGGGGGGCUAAAGGGGGGAGAUGUAUCUCUGAGGCUGGAGAAUGUGUCGGUAGAAGACGGGGGGGAGUUUCAGUGCUUUGUCAGCGGUGACCGGCACAAUGAUUGGGCGGGAGUUUUUCUCAAUGUGACGGGUGAGUAUGGUUCUGUGUACCUUUCUCCUCUUUGCCAAUAAUGUUGUUCAUGCUGAAAUGUGUAGAAAUGUGAGAAAAGCCAAAUGCCAUCACUCAAAUUGCAAAAAGAAGCCCAAUUGUCAGUUCAGAUUUGUUCACACUGAAGAACGCAUUACAAACCAGUGUUCUUGCUGGCUCUUCCCUGCCCUCAAUGCAGGUCCACUGGUUCCAACAGAUUCAUCCAUCCAUCCAUCCAUUAUCUGAACCCGCUUAUCCUGAUCAGGGUCGCAGGGGGGCUGGAGCCUAUCCCAACAUACAUUGGGCGAAAGGCAGGAAUACACCCCGGACAGGUCGCCAGUCCAUCGCAGGGCACACACACCAUUCACUCACACACUCAUGCCUACGGGCAAUUUAGACUCUCCAAUCGGCCUAACCUGCAUGUCUUUGGACUGUGGGAGGAAACCGGAGUACCCGGAGGAAACCCACGCAGACACGGGGAGAACAUGCAAACUCCACACAGAGAGGCCCCGGCCGACGGGGAUUCGAACCCAGGACCUCCUUGCUGUGAGGCGGCAGUGCUACCCACUGCACCAUCCGUGCCGCCUCCCAACAGAUUCAAUUCAAUUAAAAAAAUAAUUGGUUUCUGAUUAACCAUUCAGUUAACCAUGACUUCCAGCAAUAUUUUCCUUUACAAAGCCCAGCCUUAUUCAUAAUGGUCCUCUAGUUUGGAGACUAAUCCAGUCUCUCUCUCUCUCACUCUCACUCUACAGUGCUUUCACCAAACGCUCCAUCCACAUCCACAAGUCCAGGUGAGUGGCUGCACACUUGGUCAACAACCAAUGAAUACUCUGCACUGGAACGAUGUCUAUCUGUAUCAGAUGCCUGUCCGUUUCUCCAGUUCUUUAUAAAAUUUGCAUGGAGAUAAAUUAAACCUAGCAAAUAGUGUUUUUAUGUUUUCUUUCUUUAAAGGCAUACUAUGCAAGACUAUGCUCAGUCAUUGCUAGGAUACAUUAUGGUGACCUGUAUCUGUUCUCUUCUGCCCAAUAAUUUGCUUGUCUAACUGUAUUUGUUUGAAACCUUUCUGGGCUUGACCCUUCUUUGUGUACUGUAUCUGAAAAGGCUACAGUUAGCCUUGUUCGCAUGGUACCUGCGGUUAUUGGCUAACUAAAUGUAGUUAAAUACGUUAGCUGGCUGGCCAUGAUAGCUGGGUCCCCCUGCACAGGACUACAGCUUAUUUUCGUGAGAUUCUCCUGUGUAUCUCUGGGAGAUUGAUCCAUGUUUUGGGUAGGGGGCUCAUUCCGAAAUCCCAAAAAACUUGUGUGUGUGAUUGCGCAUGCUUAUGUUGUUGUAGAAUUGUACUACGCUUCCUGGCAGGAGCAGACUGAACCCCACUGGUGCUGUGCUAGCAGAUGCUAGCGUAGGUCCAUUCCAUCACCAUUUACUAAAGCUAGCUGCAUACGGUUUCUGUAGUCUGCUGUACGAUGUUAUGAAGCUACUGACAGAACCAAGAGCAAAAUGUCUCCUUAUUCUAUUGGUGGGUGAGCUUCAUCAUCUUGUGGGUGUAGGUGGGGUUGAGAAGGGAGAAGAUAUGUUUUGAUUGUAAAUACAGGAGCAAAACAAGGAAAUAAAUUCUACAUAGUAUCCCUUUACAAUCCCAAUAUCAGAGUAAAGUUGGCAAUCUCGGUAUUGCAUGCCAUUUUAAUACUGCUUAUUGUGGCUGUUGCUCUUGCCAUGUUCCCGUCUCUCAGGAAACUUUCACUCUCUCACACAGGUGAUAACCAGUCAAGACAGAAGUGGGCAGUCAUGUUUGUAUUGGUCAUCUUAUUGCUUGCCAUCUUCAUCAUCUGCACUGUUCUGUUCAUCAAAUAUUUUAGAAAUUAACAUGUCCCCCCAACCCCAUGCACCUGGGUGGGGAACAACUGCGGGAUGCCUGAUGUUGGUUUAAAGGUACAAUCGGUAAGAUUUUUCUGUUAAAACAUUGUUACAAGACCAGUGUAAAUCCCUUCCUAUCAUUAGAAAAAGGCUCACGGACUCACCCUCUGCCUGUGUUCAUAGUCCUUAAAUUCAGGUUUCAAUAUAUACAAUUGAUGCAUUGACACUGCACCAAAAUAUUGUACACCUGUACAAUAAUUCAAGCUUAUUGGUUGAAAAUUGGUUGUAAUUCCCACAGCCAAUGCUGGUUCAACAUCAGCGCGUUCACAGAGAAGGGGGAUGGAUAAACAGUGUUGUGGUUUAAGGGUGUUUGUUGCGGCAAUUCCAGUCUUCCUCCUGAACGUUGGGAGUCCAAAAUUACCUAUUGUACCUUUAAUACUAUUGUAUUUUAAGUUUAGCUUAGGGUUUCAGUUGAGUAACUUGACGUAAUCUGCUAAAAUUGCUGCUGACAUUCCGAAAAAGUUUUUGCUGUUGACAAAAGCCAAGUAUGAGAUCGCAGAACCUUGCUAAUUAUUAUUGCAGCUAAAUCGUUAAAGGAACAUCUCAUCUGCCAAGCAUACCCAUUUGUUUUGACCGCUGUCGUAAGAUUUUGUCUUUGCUGGAUACCCAUUUACAUUUGCAUUUUUGUCAUUUGGCAGGCACUUUUAAUCCGACUUACAAGUGCAUAGGUUCUUCACAAGU